GCCAGAGCCCUGCAACGUCAGUCUGCCAGAGAACAUCGCGCUGAUCACAUCGAAGUCGUUCGUUCCGGAAACAGCUCUAAUCUGUGGGAGAGUGUAGCUUAUCUCCGUGCACAUUUACAUUUAUUUACUGAGAAUGAUAAAGAGCAAGAUAGUAGAGGACAAGCUUGAUACGCUUGUCUCACGCUACGCAGUGCCGAUCAUCGAUCUCGCACAUUGUGCCAAGUCUGUGAUCUGUCGCGUUGGGCAACAGCUGGACAAGGCACUUUCCGAAAAGGGGAUCGCCCUACUGGUGAAUCAUGGCAUUCCCGAUGAGAAGAUCAAAGCUGCCUGGGACCAAUUCGAUAACUUUUUGGACCUGCCGGCUGAGGUGCGGGACCGCUACAGCCGAAAGGAUGGUACAAACUACGGCUAUGUGAGUCCCGGAAUGGAACGCUUCGAUGGAAAGACGCCAGAGCUACGACAUACCUACAACAUUUGCAAGCUGGACGACAAGAACAUUCCAAUGGAGGUUGAAACACUGCCCAAGUUUGCAGAGGAGAUCACGACGCUGGCCAACGAUUUCACGGCUCUGUCCACCUUCAUACUGAAGGCCAUGGAGGUCGCCCUGGAGAUCCCUCCCAAGUGCUUUCUCGACAAGCACUCAGAGAUGCUUUCCGGGGAUGAUGUCAAUAUGACCACCCUGCGAAUGAUCUACUAUCCGGCGAUAGUGGACGAUGAGCCUGGUCAGAGCGAGGGUGCGGUUCGCUGUGGUGCUCAUGUGGACUACGGCACCUUUACCCUCCUGGCUCAGGACUCUGAGGGCGGUCUGGAAGUGCAACUUCCUGGCGGAGAAAAAUGGGAACGUGUGGGCCAUCUGCCCGGAGCCAUACUCAUAAAUGGCGGGGAGCUCUUAUCAAUCUGGACGAAGCAACGCUAUCACGCUGUGCCACAUCGCGUCGUUGUGCCUGAGAGGGUCCAAAUACGCACCAGAGGCAGACACUCGAUUGCCUACUUCUGUCAUCCGGAUAACUCGACGAUGAUUUCGCCCAGGGAUAUUCUCGCAAAUCAAGCGGAUGCUGCGGAGGACUCUACGGACGAGAAAAUCUACAGUGCCUACGAGCUGAUUCAGCAAAAGUUCUCUGACACCUACGGCCAGCGUUCGCAGGGAAGCAACGAAUCUUGAGCAACAAUUUAUUCUGAUAUUAAUGCAACAUACAACAAAAAUAAAAACACAAUUAGUACUGCAAA